UAAGCACAUUAGUAUGCCUUGAAUCUUUGAGUGAGUUUUUGGUUCAUACAGCAUGGGUCUGAACCACUACCAGAAAUGCAUUAAGUAGCUGAAGAUGCUUACCAGCAAACUUAGUAAGGAUGAAUAGAUGAAACAACUUCAGAAUAAUAUGGACAUUUGUCUUGAAGCUUCAGGAGACAAGAUGUACAUGAGUUGAAAGACGAUUAAACAAGGGCUGGAUAGCCAUAUAGGAUCUCAGAGUGUGUGUCUCUGGUGGAUUACUAGCUCAGUGAUCCAACAUGCAGUCAGGACUGUGAGUUCAGAGAAGACAGAUUGCCAUGGCCUAGAGUUUAGAGUAGUUUUCCAUGGAAAAGAUUUUCACUGGGCUUUGUGUGUUUGAUAGGAUUCGAAUUGUAGGAAGACACACAGGGUGGUAUUCUAGGCAAAAGAAAGAGAGCAGUGGAAGGAGUAGGGGCUGCAGUGGAUGAGAAGAUGUUCAUCAAGAGCUAAGUCCAGACUGACCUGUCUGCUGAAACAAAGUAGCAGGGUAAGCACCUGAGGAAGCAGCUGAGCACCCGACAGUUUAAGUUUGGCAUUGAUUUCCAGGCUAAAGUAUUUUUAUUUUAGUCUCUAUUCUCUAGGUAAGAGGAAAGAAUAACAUUUUUCAUUGCUUUCUGUUUUUGACUAUCACAAUUCCUGGCCAAUUUUGAUAAUAAACACAAAAUGAGCAAUGGUGUCUGGUUAUGGUACAGAACAAAAAAAUGGGCUUGCUUUGGCCAUAAAUGCCAGAGAAUAAGCAGAAGUUUAGAACGCAAAUUACUCCAUGUAACAACCAUAGGAGAUAGCUAAUCACUAAGCACUUAAAGUUGCAUACAUAUUUACGGAGUUGAAGGAAAUAAUUCAGAAAACAGUUCAGUUAUUAAAUAAUGUUAUAACUAAUUUCUCUGACAUUAAUACCUAAACUUGAACUGAGCUUUACUCUCAUUAUAACUAAACCUUCCAGGCCUAUCAGUCUGUUUCCAUCAGAGAAACAGACUACUAGAAGAUAUAUAUGCCACUUUGUGUAUAUUGUGUAUACAUUAAUUACAAUAUGUUCUCUUUAUUAGCAGUGGUUAUAUUCUAUAAAGUCUCUGAGAACACUGAAUUAGUGAAUACUGAAUCAUUCAUUAUUCUUAGGGAAAAUACAGGAUUAGGUUCCUGCGAGCUUCUGGCCAAAACAUUUUCAUCAGCCAAUCAAUAUAUAACUUUGUUUUAUGAAUGUUUCUGUUUAAAGAUGCCUUAUUUAAUAUAUUGAUGAUUCACUAAUAUUGAACUAUGCUCAAAAGCACUCUAACUCAUGCCUGGACAAAGUUUAUCUAACGCAUUUAUUUCUGUACACACAGUCACAUCACUGUCUUCUUGUGCUUAAGAAUAUUAGACAACACUUCACCACUAUACUUGGGUGCCAUGUCAGAAAGCAAAAUAACCAACAAAAGCACAAAAAUGUGAAAAACAUGGCAUUAAAUAGUCUGCGGAAAGGACACUUUCCAGUAUGAGAACUGAAACAGGAAGGUAAAGCAUGACCUUGUUUGCCCUUAGGAAUAAACAUGUUGAGCAACUCAAAUUUUUUACCACUCUACACAUAUGCAUAUCAUUAAAUGACCACAAAAGCACCGUCACUAUUGAUUUGGGGAUUAUAAGUAAAUUUUAAUGAACAGGUGAAUUCACAAAUGUGGAGUCCACAAAUAAUGAGGAUUGACUAUAUAUAUAUAUAUAGCAAAGGAUUUGUUACAGAGAUUUGACUUGGGAUUGGAUCAGAGCUGGUUAAGCAGACUCUGUAAGAAUGUCGACUUUGCAUUGCAGUGCUGAAGCUUGAGUCUACAGAGCAGAUGGUUUUGUUAAGGGAGAUGUUAUGUAAAGGGGGGGAAAGCAAGCAUGAGCUGGAACCCAGAAGCAAGAGCUGGAGCCUAUGAGGAUGGACUUAAAUCCACAUCAUUUCUUAUGGCUUCUAUUGAUGGUGGUGUCUGUGUCUUGUAAAAGCCAGUGCCCUUUGUCAUGAAGCUAACCAUGCACACACUUGGCCCAGGAAUCAGGGGUGCUAAAGGAGAAUCCAGGGGAAGGUGGGUGUGGUCCGAGGUCCUGGCUACUGAGGACCACCUGGCCACCAAGGUGUCUCAUGCCACCAAGUAAGCCAGCAGAUAAACAUGUAUGAGCUCAAAAUAGCUGCUGCCUCACUUUAACCCUCCAAAUUUCCCACAAAAGCUUCCCUUGUAUAUCAUCCUAACAAGAGACAUAUAGGUUGAAAAAGAAUUCUGGGAAAUCUACUUCAACCUAGCCAUAAUUACACAUUGCAGAUCCUACACAGUCCACCCCUUUCAACUUGGCACUCAUGUAUACCUCCUUAAACCAGAUUUAAUCUCCAAAUAAAGUCAUUAAUGAAGUCUGCUUCCACCUAACAUGGUGGAACUAUCCCAUGUACAACCAAAAACACCACUAACCCUUUCCCCAAAAUAGGAUACAAAGCCUUUUUUUUUUGUCCUUGGCUAAUGUUCUUUCUUCUCAUCUUUAGUAUCAUAUAAUUUAAACACUGACAGAUAAAGCUAACUACUACUGACACAACUCAGAUGAGAUUAUAAGGAAAAAAGAGAGAAGAAAACAAAAAUGGAAAUCCUAUAAAAUUGGGUUAUGAUGAUCAUUGUACAGCUAUAAAUGUAAUAAAUUAAGUAAUAAAAAAUUUUAAAAAUAUAUUUAGUAAAUGCAUUCAUAUCAAAAUGAGGAAAUACUCAUAACUACUAUAUUCCUCAUUUUUGCAUCUAGUCAUAUAGUUGUAGCUGGUGUGUAAUUACUUUCAUUCCAUAUUCUAUUUUCUUUCAUCAAACACCUCACCUGGACAUGGUUCCUUGCCUGGUAGGAUGACCUAUAUCUUCAUUCCUCAAGAGUCUGGGCCAUUAGCAGUUCUGCCUGAGUUACAUUAUUGUAGUUUUCUAUAGACAUUAAUCACAGAAGUAUUAACAGGUGUCUUAGAGGAUUUCCUUCAUUGCAGGCAUACUUCUGUUUACCUCCAUUGUGUAGUAGCAACUCAGUUUUCACUUAGCAAUCAGGAUCAGUCACUUUAGCCAAUAUGACAUUCUCCAUUGCUUGUUAAUCCAGUGGUAUAAGGAGCCCAAAGUGGCAAGGUGGCAGACUCAGCAUUGAAUUCAGUGGAAUCAUUGUUGUGACACCUCAGAGAAGCAUUCCUCCCUAUGGAAACUUUACGCCAACAGAGCCACAGGUCAUGGGAAUUGGAAGCAGGAGUUUUGCUAGUAGAUUACUAAGGGUAAUGAGAAGAGAAGCCAGUCCCGUUUCUACUCUUCAUUCCUAGAUCUGGGAAAAAUAGCAGCCGGUAUUAAAGGCUGAUUGAGAGCAUAUAGCACAUCUUGGAGGAUGUUGUCUCAGCUCUACAAGGUGUUGUCACCUAACCAGGCACCAAAAUGAGUGUUCAAAAAGUUACUCCCACAUUUCAGCAAGCCUGCUGCUUAAGAAUAAUGGAGAACAUGGUAGAACCAGUGAAUGGGGGUAGACCUCAGGCUCUUUCUCAUCCUCUCGCUUGCUCCCUCUGUUGGAAGCCAGCUGCCAUGGUGUGAGCUGCUCAUAGAGAGGCUCAUGUGGUAAGGGAUUGGUGUCGCUGGCUGAGAGCCAGUAAGGACCUGAAAUCUGCUAACAGCUAUGAGAGUGACCUUAAAACAGGAGCCAACACCUUGAUUGUGGCCUCAUGAGAGAGACCCUGAGCCAGUCACCCAGCUAAGCAACACUCAGAUCCCUGACAUGCAAAAGCUAUGACCAAUAAAUGGUUAUUGUUUUAAGCUGCGAAUUUUGGGGGUGAUUUGUUCCACAGCAGUAGACAAUUAAUUCAAAAGGCUUAACUUCAACACUGGUGGUCACUUAAGCUGAAAUAGAAAGAAACGUUAGGUUUUUGGGUUUUUUUUUUUUUUUUGAGACUAAAGCUUUGUAAGAUUCACCUUUUCUCUGAUAUAUCUAAGGUUUAAGAGCAGCUCUUUCAAAAAGGGCACUAAAUAGUAUAUUGAGGAUUUCCCAUUGUGGUGCAACAGGAUCAGCCGCAUCUCUGGAGUGCCAGGACUCAAAUUCCACUCUCCAUCCUUAGCCAGCUCAGUGGGUUAAAGGACCCCAUGUUGCUGCAGCAGUGUAGGUUGCAAACCCCAUAAGCCGAGGGGCAGCCAAAAAAAAUUAAAAACUCUUUGAAGACAAUUCAUUCCUACCCUUGCUCCUCCACUACCUCUUUAGAUUUUGCUGUACAAUUUAUCAAAGAUACUAAGUUCCUUCUUUAUCACCCUCAUUUGAUCUUAUGCUAAGUUGACUCACUCUUCAGCACUUCCCUGAGCAAAUUUUUCUUAGAACAGAACUUGCUAUUUUCUGUAACAUUCUAUUCCCUGUGGGUUUUUAUUCCAACAAAUUUGGCUUAAAUCAGAAGAUUUUAUACAUACUUCCCAGCAUAUACAAUUAUCCCCCUCUUUUUGGAAGUUUACCUUAUGCCACAUCACUUUUACAAAAGCCCUGCAUUAGUACCUAUUUUCACUAACUAAAAGAAAUCCAAAGAGGAUUUUUGCUUUUAGAAAAAAAGGCAAAAGCAAAAUAGUGUUUAGCUUUUGUUUUCAGGGUGCCGUUAGAGAGGCAGCAAGUAGUUUGAGCUGCAAGAGUGGCACCACCAACCUCCUUCCCUGGGAACUACACUUCACAUCUCAGCAUCAAGUUCCCACAGCUUUCAACUGUGCCUGGGAGCACCUGUGCCUUGUCUUGAUUUAUCUUAGACAUCCAUUAGCAAAAUAUGUCCUAAAGUAGUUGCUUCUUCACUUUACGCUAUUUUAGCUUACAAAAGCUUUCAUAGAAGUUACUCUCUUUUCAGGUAGUGGGGGAAACCUUUAUGCAUUUAUUCCUCAAAUAUUUCUUGAGAACCUAUGUUCCAGUACUGUUCUGGAAGCUAGGGACAUAGCACUGAAGAAUAGCUUAUAGUGACUAUCUUUUUUUUCCCCAAAAACAUUGUUUUAACAAAGGCAGAAUACUCUUUGACAUAUAUCACAGCAAUAUCUUUUUGGCUCUAUCUCCUAGAGUAAUGGAAAUAAAAACAAAAAUAAACAAAUGGGACCUAAUUAAACUUAAAAGCUUUUGCACAGCAAAGACAACAUAAAAUAAAAGACAACCUACAAAAUUAGAGAAAGUGUUUGCAAAUGAUGCAACUGACAAAGGAUUAAUCUCCAAAAUAUACAAACAGCUCAUACAGCUAAAUAUUUUUUUAAAAAAAAUCAAAAAAUGGGCAGAAGAUCUAAAUAGACUUUUCUCCAAAGAAGACAUACAGAUGGUUAAAAAGGCACAUGGAAAGAUACUCAGCAUCGCUAAUUAUUAGAGAAAGGCAAACCAGAACUACAAUGAGGUAUCACCUCACCCCAGUCAGAAUGGCCAUCAUCAAAAAGUCUGCAAAUAAUAAAUGCUGAAGAGGGUGUGGAGAAAAAGGAACCUUCCUACACUGUUGGUGAGAAUGUAAAUUGGUGCAGCCACUAUGAAGAACAGUAUGGAGGUUCCUUAAAAAAUCUAAAAAUAGAACUACCAUUGAUCUUAUCAAUCCCACUCCUGUGCAUAAAUCCAGAGAAAACCAUAAUUCGAAAAGACACAUGCACUCUAAUGUUCACUGCAGAACUGUUUACCAUAACCAAGUCAUGGAAGCUAUCUAAAUGCCUAGUCAACAGAUGAAUAGAUAAAGAAGAUGUGGUACACAUAUACAAUGGAAUAUUGGUCAGCCAUAAAAAGUAUGAAAGAAUGCUAUUUGCAGCAAAAUGGAUGGACCUAAAGAUUAUCAUACUACAUGAUGUCAGACAGAGAAAGACAAGUAUCAUAUGGUAUCGAUUGUAUGUGGAAUCUAAAAAAAAAAGAUACAAAUGAAUGUAUAUGCAAAACAGAAACAGACUACAGAAUAGAAAACAAACUCACAGUUACCAAAGGGGAAAGGGUGGAGGGAGAGAUAAAUUAGGAGUUUGGGAUUAUCAAAUACAUGCAUAUAUAUAUAUAUGUUUAUAUAUAUAAACAUAUAUAUAUAAUAGAUAACCAUCAAGGACCUACAGUAUAGCACAGGGAACUAUAGCCAAUAUUUUAUAAUAACCUAUAAGGGAAAAGAGUCAGAAAAAAAUAUAAGUAUAACUGAUCACUUUGCUAUAUACACCCAAAACUAACACAAUAUUGUAAAUUAACUAUACUUCAAUAAAAGAAUAAUUUACUUACAUACAUACAUAAAUAAAACAAGGCAUAUUUAAAUUAAACGUGGAAAUUUUACCCAAAAAAAUUGUUUUGAAAGAGGAACUGAAAAUUCCUAUUGUGGCUCAGUGGAUUAUGAACCAUGAGGAUAGUGGUUCAAUCCCUUUCCUCGCUCAGUGGGUUGAGGAUCCCAUGUUGCCGUAAGCUGUGACAUAGGUUACAGACAUAGCUUGGAUCCCCUAAAAACCGAAAAAAAAAAAGGAACUGUUGCCUGGCCUUCUGCUAGUGGGUAGAUUCAUUCCUCCUCUUGAAGCUGGCAUGAACAUUAAGUUUGAAUCAAGUGAGAGAAGAGUUAGGGCUAGUACCCCCGGCCAUUUCCAUAACUAGUUGUAAAAAUUGAACAGGUUUUCAGUCAAAAUCGGUGAUUUCCCUCAAAGAGUCCUUAAAAAUUGUUGCACAUUUUUAACCAUACCAUAAUGUUAUUAUGACAUGAUCACAAUGGGAUUUUAAGGAGGAUUAAUUUAGUAAAUGAAAAACAGACAGGAGCAAGAAGCUGGAAGCAGUAAACUCAGCAGGAUAUGAAAAUAAAGCCAGUGUAAUGUGGUAAGAGGAAGUAAGAGAGUAGGAGAGCUAUAACAUAUCACUCGGAAAGAAUCUAUACUCCUUGACAAUUAGUAGGCUGGAUGUGGAGGCUAACAGAAGAGAGGUGACAAUGAUAUGCUCCAAUGAAAAGUAACUGGGAUAAUGAAAAUGUCAUUAUCAGAAGUGUAGAGAAGCUGGAGGAGGAAAUCAGUUAAGGAUAAGAAAUGAUAAACUUGUUUAAUGACCUACUUAAUUGAGAUAAUGAUAGUUGGGGUGAUAGCAGGAAAUUCUUGUGGAAAUGCUAAAUGUCAUUUAAGUACCUUUGAAAUACCUGAAAUUUGCUGAUCAAAAAUCUUGUUACUGUCAUUUAAAAUGUUAAUAUUAUUUGAAGAUUGUGAUGUGUGUACUGAUCACAAGUUAGUAAUGGAUGUCCAAACUAUCCAUUCAAUCUAGUAUAGUCAUUUUUUUCUAGAUUUCUAAAGUAUGAAGUUUUCUGUCUUGUUAUAGUAUGCUUCUUAUCUUCUGACUAGAAGUUUCAUGGUCAAAGCAAUGAAAUUACUUGUAAAAAUACAUACCCAUUUAGUUAUGUAUUUUUUCCCUUAUUACUAAAUAUGUUUCCCUUUAACCUCCACCAAAAAAAUAGAUCUAAUGCUCCUAAUAGCUCUGUUUUAUGAGUGUUAUUUAUCCAUGAAUAUAUAUUUAAAAACAGGUACAAUAAAAAUUUCAAAUUGUAUUUAGAAUAUUACUGAUAAUUAUUUUCAGUACAGUCAUAUUGUUUUUAUUUUUUCAAGGCAAAGUCAUACUUGACAAGUACACACUUAAGAGUUGGCAGUAUUGUAUCUUAUUCUUAAAAUGAAGUCUGACUUUUCAAUUAUUAUAACAUAGAGUGAAUGGUGGCAGUUUGAGGGUCUUGAGUAUGUGCCAAGUGACUUGUUCCCCCACUUCUUCCUAUUAAUAAUGUUUCAUAAGAAAAUACUGUUAUUCAGAGAAAUAUGUAAUAGAUUAAUAUGGUCUAUGUUUAUUGUAUGGCCCACAUUUUGGUUGUUUAUGUCUGUUAUAAAAUGGCAACAACAAGUAUCUACCUCUCUUAUCUUGUAGAAAUGUUAUGAAAUGUUAUGAGGACAAUUUUUUUAGUAUCUGGAGGGAUGUUUUAAGUUCAUCAAGAGAAAAACACCAUGAAAUAUAAUGUUAUUCUGUAUAUUCUCAUUAAUCAUUUUAGAAUUCAAGGCUAUCAUUUAUCUACAUUUAUUAAUUAUUUUAAUCCUGUAGCAAUGGGAAAAGCAUUUGCAGAAAUAUUCUCCCUUCCAUUUCCCUGUCUACAAAUCUAUUUUGAAACAACAAAUAACUUAGUUAUUCAUGUUUUCUUAUAUUCUCUGCGACAUCGAUAAGGGUCACAAAACCAAAGUCACAGGAAGAUGGCAAAUAUAGUGAGGAAAUCAAAAGGAAGACUAAUAGUCAAAAGAAAAAUGUUCAGUGGGACAUAGAAAUCCAGAAACAAUAAAGCUGAAAGAAACUGGGGUAGCAGUGAAGAUGAAAUUAGAAAUGAUCUUAUAUGGUGUGCUUUUCCCCCAAAUAGCUAAUAUAAUUUUUGACUGUGUAUGAGGAGACAUUCUUCCAAGGUGAAAGGAAAGGAAAACAUAAAUGUUUGAAAACAGACAAGAUUACAGAGGAUUGAUAUCUUCGGACUUCUUACAAGUCUAGACGUGACUUGCUUUGCCUGGCAUAUGACUGACAGGCUACUCUUUGCCAGGGGGAUUCCGACUGGGCCUAAGUGUGGGUAGGUGCUGCAGCUCAGGCUCACAUGCUUUCAGCCCCCUUCAAAUGUGCUCCCUCCUUGCCUCUCUCUUACGUGCUUUCAGUCUGUGUGCAUUCAUUCAAUAAGAAUUCACUGUUGGUUAUACAUUGCUCCAGGCGCCAGGGACAUAGAGGUGAAUUACAACAGAAAACAGUCCCACGUGGAGGUAAAUAAGGAGAGUAUAUAUGUAGUGUAUUCGUGGUCAUUGGUAGGAGAUAAUAGAAGGCAAGUAGAAAGGACCUGAAGUAUGCGUAUGUGGAAGGAAGUAUUUGAAUUUUUAGGAAGGUGGCCAGGGAAGGCCUCUUUAAGAUGAUACUUCUAGAACAUUCCUUCUGGUCUUGAUCUUCUAUCAUUUCCCAUUGAUAAAAGUACAUAUUUACCUAUCUGACUUUAGAGAACCUUUUUCUAGGCUUCAGGGCAUCUACUUAGUGCAGAACCUUUCCCUCUUAUGCCCUUCCAGCAGUCUCUUGUCCUGGGUCCUUGAAAACCUGACCUCAUCAGAUCCACUUUACCAGUCCUCUAAAGUUUAUGGUAACCUUAAAGCAGAGUUACCAGAAAGUUAUUAGUUAUUCCACUCUUCCUUAAGCAACAGAUAUAGAAAAGUAUAAUAUUUGUAUGAUACUCUGGGAUUUACACAUGAGGUUGCUUAUGUCCAGCACUGAAUGUAUAGCCUGUCCUGGCUGACCUGAGGGUGAGGGGAUCAGUAUUUGCACAUACCUGUGACCCUUUUGCACCCAGCACACGGGUUGGAAAGCUUUUCCACCUACCAUUAAGGAAAUACCUGAACCUACAUUCAUUAAAACUAUAUGAUCUAGAUUUCUGUCAACAUAUUUACUCCCCAAACUUGUAUCCCUCUCAUUUUUUCUCAUCCUUGUCAUGACUUGAGAUAGUCUUUUUAAAAUUAUUUCAGCUUACUUAGAACACUUGAUGUAAAUCUAGGCAUCUCAAAAUUUAGAAAUACAACAGCAUAAAUGGGAAUAAAAGAUGAUGAUGAAAAGAAAAACGGAAAAAAGAACCAUAGUAGAUAUCUUAGGAUAAGAGAAUUGAACUUGAAAACUUGCUAUAGUUAAGUGAUCCUGUCUUGUUAUGGAUAUAGAAGGGGGCCAUUGAUAACAUGUACCUGUCAAGUCCUAUUUCCCAACCAGAAAAGAACGUAGAAAAUUAACAAUUUCCAGGUGAAUUUAUGUUGUAGAAAACCUGCUAAUGUAACCCUAAUUUUUGCUUGCUCAGGUAGUUCAGAUUGACUGUUUACACUGUGUAAAAUUACUGAAUAUUUGCUAAAUAUUCACUUCAUUGCUGAAAAUACAUCUUGAGGAAAUGACUGAAGUCAUUUCUUUUCUUUGUUAGUGAAUAAUUAUUUCCUUCUAAAGAUAGCAAUGAAAAAUCAACAGUAAUUGCUUCUGGAAUGUGGUAUCAUUCAGAGUGUGUAGAUGAGUUGGGUUGUCUAAUAUGUUUUUAGACGUAGCUCAAAUUAAUUAGGUAAUUGAAAAUCUAUACUUCCUUUGCUUUAUAAACAGAAUUUAAAAUUCAAGACGUAUUAGCAGAUACGAUACUGUACAACUUUUUGACUACAUACACUGCUCAAGAAUUGUAGUGUUCCUCUUCCUCCCAUUCAAAGGAUAUAUUCUCAUCUUUAAGUGAUGUUUCCAUUAACUAAAUAGCACUUUUCAGGGAGUUUGUGUUCAUUACUGUAGAAUUGGCCUUGUGGCUGUUACUCAUCAGUUAGUUUCCCUAUUUAUUGUUCUAUGUACCUUAUAAUUAUUAGUUAAUAUUAGGGAUGAGUGUUCUUAAAGUUGACCACUGGAAAUGCUUGUGUUUUCAGUGAAUCAUUCAUUAUAAUUAGCAGGAAUUAGGAACUUUGGGAAAGUAACUCAUUAGAGAAUCAUUUAAAAUAAUCUAUCUAAAUAUGUAAAUAUGUGAUAUUUAGAUAGAUCACCAAUAUUUGCCCUGAUUUUGUAUAUAUAUACGUGUGUGUGAGUGUCUGUGUGUGUGUGUAUUUAAUCAGGUUCAAUAUUAUCCUGUGACUUUGACUUUUUCAGUUUUCCAGUAAUGACAGUGAAUAUAAGUGGUCUCACUUCAGAAAUCUCACGUUAAAAAAAAAAAAAACUAAAAAUAGCCACCAUGUUUUUUUACGGCUUUCUGAACCAGUUUGUGAAAAAUUCAUCAAAGAAUUUGGCAGCAACGGUGGCAACUCUCCUUUUACUGAGCUAACUUUUCCCUUGAAAGUUAAAAACAUUUUUUGCCUAAUUUUUGACUGCUUUUGGAUAAAUAACCAAAUAAUAUGAAUUUGUAUUUGUGCUUGAAAAUGGUAAUCUCUAAGUUAAUUUGUGAGAGUUACCACUUUUAUAGUCCCCAUAGCAGUGUCUGGUGGCUCUUAAUGCUAUGUCCCUAGUUACUGGAAAAGUUAAAUCGGAAUCAGUAGUACUGAAGACAGAAGCUUUCAUCCUUUCUACCAUCUAUCAAGUAUUGAUCUCUCCUCCCACGGCAGUCUGUGCUUCACUCGUCCUCCUUUUCUCCUUUGCUCUGUCAGCUGCCUGGGUCACUGCUCUCCAAGGCUCUCCCUAGGUCUGUUUAUUGCCCUCUGACUCUCUCUCUGUCAUCUGGUUUAGUCUCCAUGUGUGGCUCUUACAGUUUUUGUCUCCUGUCUCCCUGGCUUCAGUCUCUCCCACCUAGAGACUCUUUGUCCUGCAUCCUAUGGAAUCACAUCUCCCUCCAGUGCGCAGUCUCUGCCUGCCCCUUCCUGACCUGCGUGGCUUGCCUGGUUGCACUCCUCUUCACUUCUGUUUGACCAAGCCUGUGAUAUGUGCCUCCCACCUACACCCUCCCUGCCCAAUCUGUCUUGUCACAGACAGACAUCAAGUUACCAGCAAUAAAUCUGUCUGCUGGCAAAAAUACCCCCAAAACACCCCUUCAGAGAAACUGCAUUGCUUCCUAGUAGUGAUUCAGAGCAUCUAAAAUACAUAUUCUUUGUUACUGAAAUGAAAAUUCAGAGUGACCAUUAGUUACCAUUGAUAGGUCAAUAUUUUCCAUUUGUAAAAAUCCUAAGAUGUUCUGACUUUAUUAUCAGCACUUUAAAAACAGGGGUAUAUAUUUCUUUAUGCUUUCGUUUCAUCAUAGUUCUUAAAAUAUAGUCCUUCUUUAAAGGAAAAUAGUUUUAUUUUUGAAACAUUUUUUUUAUCAGCGACUGCAGCUUUUAGGUAUUAACAUUGAUUUAACUGAUCUGUGAGGUCUAAAUACUCUUUGAGAGUUGGUGUAAGAUUUCUGUUCAUAUUAUCUUUUAACACCCCUUUUUCCAUACAUAUUUCACCACAAGUAGUCAAUAUGUUAUAUCAAUAAGUAAAGAAAUCAGGUACCAGCAAGUUUAUGCAGGUUUCAAAUAAUUUCAUGGCACAAUACUUGACAAAAUUCAGUUAUUUUAUAUAAUUUCUUAAUUUCUAAAGUAUUACAGAAGUUACCUGUUGAAAAUUUGGGGCAAAUAAACAUAUACAUGUUUAAGCUUUGUAUAGUAACAAUCUCUAUAAAGGAGACUUUUAGAAGAAACCCUAAAUUGAAGUUUUCUAAUAACUUCUUCACUCUUCUAAUUUACUUAAAUUCCAUGCUGACCUUUCCCUGUCAUUCUUCUUCCUGCUUGUAUCCUGUUCUUCCAUACUCUCCCUGAAAGCCUAUCAGUUCUUUAAUACACUGUCUUCUUUAUGUCUCGUCUACAUUUCUUUCAACCAUAAAAGACAAAUAUCUUUCUUGAAUUUAAAUUAUCACAAGGAAUUCCACCACUUUAUUUGGCUUAUUUCAGUUCAUAAUUUCUUAGAGAGAUUCCAGGGACAUUUACAGAGGCCCUAAACUUAUGAUGGUAAGAAUGCCAAAAUCAAUUGAUUCGGAGUAUCUUUAACAGCAAAUAAUUCUCACAGCACCUAAAAGAGCUCUGUCCUGUAAGCAGAUAUACCCUACUUCUUGUUUGCUUCUCUGAGCCCAUUUCACAUUCUGAAUUACUGGUUUCAUUGGUCAUAAGCUAUCAUUUCUGUUAGGUAUUUUUUACUGUGCAGUAUAAUCAAAAAAAAAAAAAUCCCUAAACAAGUUGUGUAUCUCCUGCUUUCAAGUGUAAGCAGAGUACAAAUUUGAAUGCAGAAGACAGUGACUGCACCCUGACUAGAGUAAUCAAUGCAAGAACAUCCUUAAAGCUUUUCUUCUGUAACAAGGGCAAACUCAGCUAAAAAGUUUGUUUAAAUCCUGCUUGGCAUAACAAGAACCUUUAAACUUUAUCUGCUUGUGACUAUCUUUGAAUAUACCUGACUCAUCACCAAAAAGCCUUUCAACUCAGCCCUGCUCAGCUCAACUGCUCUUCUUGCCUUAUACCAAUAUUUUAAAUUCUUCAAGGCUUCUAGUGAAGUCUAUAGGGUUUUUAUACUUAAUAUUAUUUUAUAGCACAGGAAGUUCAUAGCUCAUGAAUAUCUCAGAUCUACAAAACAAAAUGGAAAGGGUUUUCUCUACAUACCCUGAAUGUCUUUGUUGUCUCUAUGUGUUUGUGUCAUAUCUGUGUCCUGAGCUGUUAUUUCUAAAUAGCAAUUAUAUCACAGUGGAGUCAUUUUUUACAAUAACGAAAAGAAUGGCAACAAAUUAAGCAACAACAACAACAAAAAUCCUGUAUCAUCUUAAUCUGAAAUUAAGAAAAUCAAGGUCUAUGUUGGCAACGCAUUAUAUUCUCUCUGUGUCUCAUAGUUGCUUUCUAUGUAUUUUAUAAGAGUAAAAGCAUCUCAUAUUACUGGUAUUCACAAAGUCCUGUCCUUUCACCCUUGUUCUUGACCUCUUAUCUCCUUUGCAAAACAGUGCUGUUGUUAUCUGUCUUAGGGAUUUAUCUUGUAGUAAUAAAUGAUUCUUUUCAGUGACUACAGUGAUGUAAUUAACUCUUUUUCCAUGUUAUUACACCUUAAUGUUCUUAUUGUAUGUACUUACCAAUACCUGUCAGUUUUUCUUAACUGCCUAACUUAACUUGGAUACUCACUUUGUCUUAUACAGUUUUCCACUUGAAAAUCUGCCCAGAGAAUUGACAGUGUAUUCUGAGGUCGUUUCAUUGACCUCACUUGCUGUGUUGUGUGAUUUCACUGUGAUGUGGGAGGCAUCUUUCCUUCCUAUACAGAAGUCACAGUUUUCCUAGGUGUCUGACUUUACUUCCUUAGACCCAAAGAGGUGUCUGGUCUCUAGAUCUUGUCUCCUGCCUUUGCCUUUUGUCUUACUCCUUGACUAAUGUGAUUCUGGGGGACCUACCUAUACCUGCCCUGCUGGUGACAGUGCCUUUACACACCAAUGCCUGGUCAGUGCUGAGUUUACUAAGAGUUCUGCAGAGUAAGAAAAAAUGAAAAUUAGCACGAUCUAGUCCUCCUUGCCCUCUCUGUCUGACUUGUACCUUAUUCUUAGAUCCUCUGAUAUGCUCUGUUGAUUACAUUACAUUCAAAUAGUAUUUUUUUGGAGACUCCACUAGAGAAAUGAAACUCCUCACAUGUUCUAGAGCAAACCCGUCCUCUUUCUGCAGCAUGAGCAGCUUUGGGAGACACACAUUUGGUGAGAUAAGGAAGCAAGUAUCACCUUCCUAGUUAAUAAAAUAACUGACCAAGAGGACAAUGUAAGUCAAAACCAGCUCUCCCUCACAGCCAGGAGUUCUUAUGCACCGACCACACUCAAAGUACUAUGGAUAGCUCAUGCAUGAGCACAUUGUUUGGCACAUAAGUACAAAAUAAAAGGGGUACCUAUAACAUCCAUUUGGGAGGUUCCAUAUCUCCCAGGUGGGAGCUAAGACAUGAAACUCCAAUCAACUUUUUAAAACAGCCAUUGUAUCUGAGUAGACGGGCACUAAGUUCAGAGAGAAGGGAAAUCACAGUGGUCCUGAAUGUUGGGCAAAUCUUUUCAAGGAGAUGAAACAUGAACCAAGACCUACAAGGAUGUUUAUUAUUAACUUUGCCUCCACUGGUUUUGCUUCUUACUAUUAGUAAUAUUGGCUGUUAGUUUUGCCAUCUUAGAAUAGAAGAUACUUAAGGAGAGUUUAAUAGCACAGAGCCUGAUACCUUGUGCAUUUCAAUUUAAAACUUAACUUGCUUUUAAUUCCAAAGAUCUUAUAAUAGGAUACUGUUAGCUUCCUCUUUGGGCAAGUGUAGCUGUCCUGCUCCCCUGAGUUUCUCUUCUCCAUUUAGAUUAUAAAUACACAAGGCCUGGGACCAUGUGUUUCUUAUCCUUACUUUAUAGUUCCCUAUGGAUAAGACUGGCCUGAUUCUUACACUGUAAUCUAAUCACUUACUAAGAGGUCUCUGUGUUUGUUGAAGGUGAUGGAUUAGCCUCUCAGCGCCCCAACCCAAACAGUGCUGGUUGUCUUGGGCCUUCCCUGAUCUCAAUUUCUGUUCCACAUAUGAUCCUGUUUUUUUCCCUGAUUACCACAUUUCUAUAGCACAUCAAACAUACUUUUAAGGAGAUGUCAAGACUUCUUUUAAGAAUAUAUGUUUUUAUUCGUGACAGCACAAAUGCAUAAACCAGGAGAUAGGCACAGGGGCAGAUGAGAUCUGCCCAAGUACAGAGAAAACCUUAAUUGAGAGUACCCAUGUUAAUUUUAGAACCCACCAAGUUAGCAUAGCCUUGCUUUUUAAUUUAGUAAAUGUUUUCAGCUAUUAUGUUCUAACUCAGUUAAUAUAAUAAGGCUUUCCUCAAAUUAGGUUGAACUCCCUUUGCCCAUUUCACUAAAAAUAUUUUCAUUCAACUGUUGUUUCUAGACAACUAACGAACCAGUUUGCUCUGGUUCUCUUUUGCAAAUGGGCUGGUUUCAAUAUAUGGGCCUUAAUUUACAUAAUUGCUCUCUUGUAUUCCUCUUUGUGAUCUACCUUUCAUUGUGUUUAAUAGACGCUGGUUGUUUUAUAAUUUGGCAAAAAUAGCAUGUAGGUAUACUUGGAAAGAAUAGAUAGUGAAAUUUUGAAUAUUGCUGCUUUUCACAGGCCAUCAUCUUAAAACCUAACUCAAGGCAAAUGUGGAAGUUAUAUCACUAUUAAUGCUGCAGAGAUUCAUUUAUUUAACAUUAAACAUAUCUCUUGACUUCCCACUUUGUACCAGACACAGUUCCACAUGCUGAGAAUCUAGCAAUGAGCCAGACACACAAGGACCUUGCUCUUCACCAGCAUACAUUCUAACCAGGAUUGCAUUGGAGAUGCAGGCAUUAAACAGAUUAUUAAAAUACAUACCCUGUGGAGAUAGCAGUUGAUUUCUUGCUUCUUUUUCCCUCUACCAUUGCCUCAAGGCCGAAUCUACAACCUUAUUACCUGUAGUAUUGAGUUGAAUUUAAUUUCAUAGUACUACUACCCCCCUCUGCAUAAGGGCCUUGUUCUAGAAGAGAGGGAAAAGGAUAGAGAGAUACGUAGUAGGGUCACGUUUCUCAAACUGAAACUAAAUGUGCUUUAUUCUCAGAAUUGUACAAGUGAAGAUUCAUUCAGCAAACAUUUAUUGAGCAGUGUAUCACUCAGGGUUCAUUAUGUUCUAGGCUUUAUAAUACCUACAUGCAUGCCCUGAAGUACCUAGUUGGAGAAACAGAGACAUAAAAUAAAUAAUUACUGAUAAAUGUUAUAAUAAGAACAUAUAUUAAGUACAAGGGGGGACUGCAAAAGCAAUAACUAGUUCUGCCUGGGGGAAAACUUCACCAUAAAAUGUCCUCUAAACUGAGACUUCAAGGUGACUGGCAGUACAACAUGCUUCAUUUAUUCAGGAAAUGUUUACUGAGCCAAGCACAGUUGUUGGCUCUGUAGACACAGCAGCAAACGAGACAAAGUCCAUGCUUUCUUGGCAGCAGAGAGACAGACAAUAAAUAAAUAUGUAGGUAAAUAACUACAUAUUAGGUGAUAAUACCUGCUAAUAACAAAAAAUAAAAUAGCUUACUAAAGGAAGCAGAGUGACAGGUACUGCUGUUUUAGAUAGGGUGGUUAGGGAAGGCUUCUCUAAUGAGAUGACAUUUGAACGGAAUCCUGAAUUAUAUGAGAGAAUGAGACCAACAAGCAGGGCAAGCCCUUUCUGGUAGAAGGAGCAGCAUGAAGAAAAGCAUAAUAGCCAUGAAAAGUGUGGCAUCUUUAUUACAAAGUGAAGUAUUCUCACUGAGCAUGGGGUAAGAUGGAGCACAGAGGGCUUGGGGGAAUGUGCUAGAUGAGGCUGGGAAAAGAAGGGCGAGAGAAGCCAGGUGAUGAAAAACAUUGUGUUCCAUACUCAGGAAUUUUAAGGCCCACCUUGUUGACUCAGGAAAGAGGGGCUAGAUUUUAGGGGGAGAAAAUAAGAGGAAAAUGAGAUAGAUUUUCAUUUGGCUGGGUUUGGUUAGGUUUGGUUGGGAUUGGGGGAGGUUACCUCUAGCAGAAUUAUGAAAGAUGAACUUGAAAGGAAAAGCAGAAGAAGCUAGUUUUAAGGUUAUUAUAAUAAUUCAAGUGAGAAAUUACAUGGCCUAAAUUAAAACAGUAAGAUGAAGCUAGAGAGGAGAAGUAGAGUCCAACUAUUUUAGGAGACCCACUAUGUAAGAUCUGCUGCCUGUGGGAAAGUUCAAGAAGAACUUCUGAGUUUCAGUUCGGGUGACUGAGUGGGUGAUGAUGCCGUUAACCAGCUCAAGGAACCCUGAAGGAGAGGCAGGCUUAGAAGUGCAUAUAAUGAAUUUGAUGUGGGGCAAUGGGAAAUACAGACUGGAUAUUAAAAGUGAAGUCAGGGCUAAAAUAUAUAUUUGGCUGUUACCAGCAUUUCAUGGAAAUUUACAACAGAGAAGCAAGAAGAGUAGUCAGCAUUGUCAGAUAUUGCGGACAAGUUUAAUAAGAUGAAGAUUUGAAAAACCAUCAGAUUUGACAAUUGGAAGAUCACCAAUAACUUCAUAAGACCAAUUUCAGUAGAUGUGGGUAGGGAAGAGCCUCAUCAUGGUUGAGUUGGAGAGUCACAGGAUAAGAUGCUGGGAUUGUCCAGACAAGAUCACUGUCCUCUCCUCUUUCCCAAAGCUCCUUCUUAGAAUCUUUGAACCUGAGUUUGAUCUUCUCUUCCCCCUCCCUCCUUAGCUUUCUCCACCCAGGCUCUAGGACUUGUUACCUGAGCUGGGGACAUUAUGGAGCUACAAAUAUCCCUUGAGUCUCUGAUGGGAGAGGUGCCAGGGAUAGGGAAGCCUGAUGUCAGGUCAUGCCACUCGAGACCUGUCCGCCAAGGGGGAAAAGAUGAAAUACAUAGGUCUCUGUUGUAUGGGGAAACUGUGGACCAGGAAGCUGAGGUAGGUUGGGGAGCAAAGAACUGAAAGACUGGUAAACAUGGGAUUAGUUAGGAAACUUGGCCCCAGUGAGAGAGUGGAAUCUGACAAAGUAUGGGGUUGAGGAGCAGAAUCCGACAGUCAGCUGAUGCUAACUAGAAAUUCAGGCAGGGAUGCUUAGGUUUCACAGGGGCUGAAGAUAUGUGAUGGAAAGAUGUUGGCAACACUCGUGACCAUGAAGAUAGCAGUGAGGUGACAGUGACUUAAAGGGUAGCAUAAAGACCAAACCAAACAAAACAAAAAUCUGGCAUAAAGAUAUUUGACAAAUAUUUGUGAAACCAAAAGUAGUCAUUGAGAUUAUGCAGAGGAAAGAGUUUAGACACCAGAGUUUAGAAGAACUGAAAGUUAAUGCCUAGGUUCCCUUCAGGGAGAGUAUGAAGGCACUAGGGGAUCCCAGACAGCUUGGAGGUGCAGAGCCCAAGAGGGAGUUGGAAGGAAAGUUCAGGAUAGAAGACUCCCUCCCUUAAUCCUGGGGACUCAAGGAAUUAUUAGUGGAAUCUACCAGCUUUCCCCACCCCCUCCUUAGUUCACUCCCUUGGCCUCAGCUUCUCCCGCCUGCACCGCCAUCUCAGCCCACUGGGGGGCGGGGCUCGAGAGCGAGCUGGUGGCUGUUCAGAAGCCUCGAGAGCCAUCAGUUCUUACCAGACUACCUGCUCUGAGCGGUCUUACCCCAUGGCCGGACACAGGCCCUCAGACUUAGCCCUGCUGGGCAGUGGUGAGGCCGAGCCCGGUGGGCCAGAGCCCGGACGGAUUCACACUCCGAUCUGGUUCAGCGCCCAGGGGCCCCGCAGCAGACUGAUGGUCCUGCCAGGGGCCAGACCAGGGAUCUGCCCGGGCCGUGAAGUGUGGGGGGUACCCCCAGGCCCCCAGCUGUACGAAUUGCUCGGGGGCGGGAUGGUGCCCUUUGGGCCCAGAGCUGGAGCUGGCGAGGUGGGCCCCUGGUUCCCAAGCCCCUCUGAGGGCGCCUUCCCAGGGCCCUGCAUCCUCCUGCAGUGCAUCCCAAGGCCCGCUCUGCCAGAGGACAUCUCUGCGGUAGAGAAGGAGAUGGAGCAGCUGGCCAAGGAACUGAGAGAGAGGAGGAUGACCCUGGGGUACUCGCAGGCCGAUGUGGGGUUCGCUGUGGGGGCUCUUUUUGGAAAGAUGCUUAGCCAGACGACCAUCUGCCGCUUUGAGGCCCAGCAGCUGAGCCUCGCCAACAUGUGGAAGCUGCGACCACUGCUGAAAAUGUGGCUGGAGCAAGUGGACACCAAGAACCUUCUAGGCAUAUGCAAAAUGGAGAUGAUCCUGCAGCAAGCUCGGAAGCGGAGACGCGCAAGCAGGGAGAGACGCAUCGGAAACAACCUGGAGAAACUCUUCCUGCAGUGCCCAAAGCCCACGCCCCAGCAGAUCAGCUGCAUCGCUGGGCAGCUACGGCUACAAAAGGACCUGGUCCAAGUUUGGUUCUAUAACAGGAGCAGGCAGGGCGGUCGGCCAAGCAGUGAUUUCUACCCCCUGGCCGAGGUGGGGGCAGCCGGGCCUCCUUUCUCAGGGGGACCAGUGUGCUUUCCCCUGACAUCGGGAUUCCAUUUUGGUCCCCCCCACUGUGGGGGACCCUACUUUCCACCUUUGUGCUCCUAUGCCCCUGCCGCUUUUCCUGCGGGAGGAACCCUCCUCUCUGCCCCGGCCACCACUCUGAGCUUUCCAGGGCUUUCCAGCUGAGGGGCCUGUCUUUCUGGGAAGGGCUAAACUGGGAAAACUGGUCCCUGGAGUUCAUUUCAGAACUUUUGCCAAGUUCUCCAUUAGCUGUCUGAAGAAGUUAAGAAUAUGGAAGGGAGUAAGUUGGAAGUUGUUUAAGAAAAUUUGGGGAGGGAAGUUGAAGUUUAUUGCUGCUUUGUGUUUUUCCCUUUGUUUUUCUGUAGCACUGGCUUUAAGAUGCAUUACAAUAUGUAGAUGGUUUUGGAUACUUUGUUUCUCAUUAAUUGAAAAUUGUAUGUUAUCCCUUGUUAUCAAUAAACAGGAAUUUUUUUUUUCCUAAAAUUGAGUGGAAAAACUCAAGUCACAGGUGUCUAUUUCAGUAUAUCAUUUUUAUCAAAACCAUGCAGAACUUUGUGUGAAAGUCCAGGAUAAAUCGUUGCCUCCAGGGGAAGGUUUGACCUGGGAUAGGGAAAGACAACACAGAGCCUACCCAGAGCUCUUGCUGAAACACAAGAGUUUGCUUGUUCUCCCCGCUUUCUUUAAAGUUUUUUAUUUUCUAAUUCACUUUUUCAUUUAGAGUACCUCAGCUUUAAGUAGGGGUAUCAGUUCAGCCUUCCACCCAAUGCAGUCACAGGUUUAUCUCCUGUCUUGACAGUCCAUUGCUUCUUAAAUCUCUUUGCUACUGACAUUGGGAAUCUGGACAGCUAUAGCUCACCUCAACUCAGCUCCAGCUUACUUCUCUGGUUUUUAGCUCAGCUUGCUUUAUUCCCUGGGAAUUUCCCUUAUUUACUUUUGAGUUGUGAUAUGCUUUUUAAAGGAUAUUUGUGAUAGCUGAGCCAACAUUCCCUGGUGGCUUUUGCAGUGGUACAUCUUAAAUCACUUUCCAAUCUCCUCUAUGAAAUUGGUCUUUUCCAGUUUUCUACUUCUACAUUGAUCAUUUGGGUCAUCAUACACUAAACAGAAGUCAUUAAUCCCUCUGUAUUUUCACAUCAACUGCCAUAUACCUCCAUGUAAUAUUUAUGGUUUUAUAAUCUAUCACUAUAUAUUAUAUCUGAGUUUAAGUAUCCUCUUUACUUACCAAUCUUAUCAAUUUCUGUUCUCUUUCUUCAAAAAAUAAGUCUUACACAGAAUUUAUAAGCAUUUCAAAAGAGCAAGCUUUUUAACUUUUAUUCUAUUUAUUACUGUUCUUAUUUCCUAAUUAACUUUAGCUCUUAUUUUUAUUGUUUUUUCCUAGUUUCUUCCAAUGUAUAUCGUUCCCUCUUUUCAAUAUAUGAAAGUAGAGCACUAGUGAUACACAUAGGUUAGUGAAAGUGGAGCCAAACUUCAAAAUUGCUUGGCUUUAAAUUCAAUAGUUGACUAAACAUUUGCUUUUGGACUAUCCCACUAAAAGUCAUAUAGCACCAGUCCCAUUCUUCACUUUUCCUAGAUAGCCCUUCUGGAAAGCCUUGGAAGGGAGAUGUUUCUACAGAGCGUUAGGCAGGGUUUAAUGCAAGGAUGAACAGUUGUGAUUGAGCUGGGAAUAUUCAACUCCUAAAAGCUGUGAGGAGGCUCUGACUCAAGCUCCUCCUUGAAUUCUGCAGCACCUGCAGAUUUGGCGAAUUGGUAACAGGCCCUCAGUCUCAGGGAAAAUCUCCAAGGAUCUUCCUCUACACCUGCACAGCUGCAUCAUUCCCACGGCGGCCAAACCUCUGCCUAAGCAACCACUGGAAUGUGUCACUAGGCAGCUUUCACAUAAUUUAAAAUAAGACUUUUUUUUUAAAUCAUUGGUCCUCUUGACUGUGAAAAGAGAAAAGACUGGACCAGGGAAACCUCUAUUCAGAGAAUUUCAUAUUAUUCGAAGAUUUAAGAUUCAUGGGUAAAAAUCUUUUUUUUUUUUUUUUUUUACUUUUUAAAAUUUUUAUUAAAGUUGAUUUACAAUGUUCUGUCAAUUUUUGCUGUACAGCAAAGUGACCCACUCAUACAUAUAU